CUCGUUGACACGAAUGUGGUUGAUCUGAAUUCAAUUAAAUAAACAUUUCAUCUUCAACACCGAGUCACAAUGACGCCACCCAUGGAAAGAAUACAGAUUUUAGAAACUAUCGAGAAGGAUAUCAUCGUGUGUCUACAAAGUGCAGGCCAAGCUUUCGUAGAACUUAGUAAAGAAAAAUCCAGUCUAAAACAAGCCGAAGCACAAACGCAACAGUUUUUGAAGACGUUAGGUCACGUGGAAUCCAAGUUGAGCGAACAAAUAAACUAUUUGACUCAAGUUUCGACAGGACAACCGCACGAAGGAUCUGGAUAUGCGAGUCAGAAGGUUUUGCAAAUGGCAUGGCAUAGGUUAGAACACGCGCGAAGCAGAGUAAACGAAUUGGAGCUGAUAAAAAACAAACCAAGAUGAACGCAUCGAAUAAAUUUCACCGAUGGAUUGUUUUAAACGAAAGAUUUCACCGUGAACUCGUGUGUCGUUUAUCUUUCGUUUUAUAUCUACUUCUAUCUCCAAACAUUAAUAACAGCAGACGUGUACUUUAAAACACGAAUCAAAGGUUCAUAAGGUUCAAAGGUAAUUUUUUUCAAUCAUCUGUUUAUUCGUCUCUGAAUAAUCCGCGGCGGUACAUGUACAAUUUAUAAAAGGACAAAAUAUUACUUUCAACGUGAAAUACAACCUCCAUUAUACGAACGUUGAUCAACUGUUGAUAUGAAAACUUGCCAAUAAAAAAAAAA